AUGAUUCCGGGUUCGAAGCUUCUCAUACUCGGCCUCCUAGGAGCCGUGGUAGCACACGCACUCCCAGAGCCAGCCAAGGCUCAGGUUACGGCGGCUCCCAAGCUAGAAGAACGAGCGACAAGCUGCACUUUCUCUGGAUCUGGUGGUGCCUCGUCAGCGAGCAAGUCCAAGACCGCUUGCGCCACAAUUGUACUUUCGGCAGUGGCAGUGCCAUCUGGUACAACCUUGGACCUGACUGGCCUCAAUGACGGGACAACUGUGAUUUUCGAGGGCGAAACCACAUUUGGUUACAAGGAGUGGUCGGGGCCUUUGGUUUCGGUCUCAGGCACUGACAUAACAGUCAAAGGUGCCUCUGGUGCAACACUCAAUGGCGAUGGAAGCCGCUGGUGGGAUGGGAAGGGCUCAAACGGAGGCAAGACCAAGCCAAAGUUCUUCUACGCCCAUAAAAUGGUGUCCUCUACCAUCAGCGAUAUUCAUGUCGUGAAUUCUCCUGUUCAGGUUUUCAGCAUCAAUGGCGCGACAGACCUCACACUCAGUGGUAUUACGAUAGACAACCGUGAUGGUGAUACCGACGAGGGGGGUCACAACACUGAUGCAUUCGACGUGGGGUCGAGCACGGGAAUUACAAUUAGCGGUGCCACGGUCUACAAUCAAGAUGACUGUCUAGCAGUCAACUCCGGAACGGAUAUUACGUUUACCGGCGGCCUUUGCUCCGGAGGACAUGGCUUGUCUAUUGGCUCCGUGGGUGGACGCAGCAACAACGAUGUUGCCAACGUUAUCAUCGAGAACUCGCAGAUCAAAGACUCUACAAAUGGCGUGCGUAUCAAAACCGUCUAUGAGGCGACCGGCUCCGUCAAAAAUGUUACGUACAAGGACAUCACGCUUUCGGGUAUCACAAAAUAUGGCAUUGUGAUCGAGCAGGACUACGAGAAUGGCAGUCCUACUGGCACCCCGACGGACGGUGUACCAAUCACCGGCCUCACCCUUAAUGGGGUAAAGGGAACAGUUGCGAGUAGUGGCACAAAUGUUUAUAUCCUUUGCGCCGAAGGGGCUUGCUCCGAUUGGACUUGGGACAGUGUCAGUGUGACUGGGGGCAAGACGAGCAGCGCCUGUGAGAAUGUGCCGAGUAGCGCCAGCUGCUGA